AUUGCCACACAGCUGAUUUGGCUGCCUGCCCAAAACUGCCACACAAAUGCUGUCCCGACAAUAGCGCUUUAUUGCACACCUAGCUGCUCAUCGUUUUGGUCCUUCGGAUCAUUCUUCGCGCUUGAACGUGUAUUUACUACGGCAAUACGAACAGGAAAGCGGUACAAGAGGCUUCCCUAGACAAGAUGGAAGGAAACAAACCACCUGUCGUGUUCACUGAGAAGAGAGGCUACCAGAUCACCCGCUGCCCUCAUCUGAACAAGGGCAUGGCCUUCACAUUAGAUGAAAGAAUGCACCUUGGAAUUCAUGGUCUUCUCCCACCUUGCUUUCUUAGUCAAGAUGUUCAAGUUCUCAGAGUCCUUAGAAACUUUGACAUGAAGAAGGAUGAUUUGGACAGAUACAUAUACUUGAUGGCUCUUCAGGAUCGAAAUGAGAAGCUGUUCUACAGGAUCCUUACCUCUGAUAUUGAGCGAUUCAUGCCCAUUGUGUACACUCCAAUUGUAGGACUGGCUUGUCAACACUACGGCUUAGUAUUUAGAAGACCAAGGGGUCUCUACAUUACAAUCCAUGACAGAGGUCACAUUGCGACAGUGCUUAGAUCUUGGCCUGAGAAUGAUAUUAAGGCUAUUGUGGUGACAGAUGGAGAACGUAUCCUAGGAUUAGGUGACCUUGGCUGUUAUGGCAUGGGCAUCCCUGUGGGCAAGCUUGCCCUUUACACUGCAUGUGGUGGAGUGAAGCCCCAACAAUGUCUACCUGUGAUGUUGGAUGUAGGCACAAAUAAUGAGGACCUCUUAAAUGAUCCCUUAUAUAUUGGAUUACGACAAAAAAGACAGCGAGGUCAAGAUUAUGAUGAACUGUUGGAGGAAUUCAUGGAGGCAGUGACAAGCAGAUAUGGGAUGACAUGCUUAAUCCAGUUUGAAGAUUUUGCCAAUACAAAUGCUUUCCGCCUUCUGAAUAAAUACCGGAACAAAUACUGCACCUUCAAUGAUGAUAUCCAAGGUACAGCAGCUGUGGCGGUGGCAGGACUUCUGGCUGCAUUGCGCAUUACUAACAACAAACUUUCAGACCACAAGAUAUUGUUUCAAGGAGCAGGAGAGGCUGCCAUGGGUAUUGCAGAUCUUAUUAUUAUGGCAAUGGAGAAGGAAGGUACACCUAGAGAUGAAAGUAUUAAGAAAAUCUGGAUGGUUGACUCCAAAGGACUGAUUGUUAAGGGGCGUGGGAAUUUAACACAUGAAAAAUGUAAAUUUGCUCAAGAUCACUCUGAAAUAAAACAUCUGGAAGAUGUAGUUCAAGACAUUAAACCAACAGCAAUCAUUGGUGUUGCUGCAGUUGGAGGAGCAUUUACAGAGAAAAUCAUCAAAGACAUGGCAUUAUUCAAUAAACGUCCAAUCAUUUUCGCGCUGAGUAACCCUACUAGCAAAGCUGAAUGUACUGCAGAGCAAUGUUACACCCUGACUGAGGGCCGUGGCAUUUUUGCCAGUGGAAGUCCUUUUGACCCUGUUGUCCUUCCCGAUGGUCGUCAGUUUUUCCCAGGUCAAGGAAACAAUGCCUAUGUCUUCCCAGGAGUUGCCCUUGGUGUUGUUGCUUGUGGAAUCAAACACAUCAGUGAUGAAAUCUUUCUUACUACCGCUGAGACUAUAGCUGACCUGGUCAAAGAUGAACAUUUAAGUGAAGGACGCUUAUACCCACCACUGAACACAAUCAGAGAAGUUUCCCUCAGACUGGCAGUUAAGAUUGUGGAAUAUGCCUAUAAGAACAAUCUGGCCACUGUCACCCCUGAACCAACAGAUAAGGAAGCAUUUGUUCGCACUCAAGUUUAUAGCACUGAGUAUGAAAGUUUUGCAGCUGAUUCUUAUGCAUGGCCUGAAGAAGCCAAGAAAGUAUUGUCUGUGAAGCUAUGACAGGGUUAUUGUCGCUUUGCAUGCUCUUAAUACAGCAGCUGUCUGAAAACAUUUAAAAUAUGAAUUAAAUAUACUUCAUCAUAUUGAUAUAAAUUAAAUACUAUAUGCAGAUUUAAUAGGUGCAGAUCCCUAAACCCUAAAAUUUAAUCAGGCAGAUCUGAAAAGGAAUGGAUAGGCAGAAUAUCUUUAAUUGUUUAAAUUUCAGAAUUGCUGGUGUGUUUUUAUGAUUUAGAAUUUUGUUAAAUAUAAUCUAAUAAAAUACAUGACAGUAUCUGUGUAUGUCUGAAAUGGAUUGAAACGAAGUAGAGCAAAUUCUUUAGUUGGCACAUUUACUCAAAAGACACUUAUAAAUCAUAUUGUUUGCUUCUUGAGCUGGAUCACUGAUACCCAGAGUGACACC